AUUUUCCAGAAAAUAGUUUUUGGAAUUUCAGAUUGGUUCGUAAAAGUUUUGUUGGCUUUUUCGAUGUACACGAACGGGAAAGCAGUGCUCCGAACUGAGAAGGGUGGUAAUCAGAUACAUUGUCUGCAUGGAAUGCGGGUGAUGAGUAUGUUUUGGAUUAUAUUGGGACAUACCUACUAUUAUAUUGUGGCGAGUUUGACUGUGGAUAAUUUGCUACCGACCCUGAUUGCGUUUCCACAGAAGUUUUUGAAUUUGAUUAUUGUGCAAGCGCCGCUGGCUGUAGACUCGUUCUUUUACCUGAGGUUGACGCCCACCUAUGUGGUGGUGAUGAUCUUGGACGUGACGUUGUUCACGUACAUAUCGGAUGGGCCGUUUUGGCGACCGAUUGAGUCGAAUUAUUGCCGUAAGAGUUGGUGGACGAACCUGAUCUACAUGAAUAAUUUUCUGCUGCAAGAUACGGAAACGUGUAUGGGCUGGACGUGGUACUUGGCGAACGACAUGCAGUUUCAUUUAUUUGCGCCCAUAUUCCUUAUUCUGCUGUUUAAGUCAUCCGUGCUCGGUAUUUUGGCGUGUUUGGGCGUAAUCGCUGCGUCAACAAUCACACAUCUGGCAGUGGUGCUCGCACAUGAUUAUCCGCCGGCGCCGCUUCUAACAGCCCAUUUGCAGAUGUUAGUGGCUUUUUUGCAGCCUUAUUCCUGGCUUUUGGGAAAGACAGUGAAAUUAUUCCCAGCUUUUGGGAAUUGA